AUGGUGAUAGGAACAUUCAGUAUUAUCAACUUUGUCUGGGUUGCUGCUAUUGGGGCAGUCUCAUACCAGAACAGUCAUCACAGUAUCCCUGCUGGCAACGCCUUUGCCGCGCUAGUGUUCUUCUUUAACGCCGUCUUCGCCUUUGGUAUUACGCCACUCCAAGCGCUCUAUCCAGUCGAGGUACUCUCUUUUGAAAUACGAGCCAAAGGCAUGGCAUUCUCGCAGGUUGCGCCCCAAGCGGCUAUGUUGAUCAACCAAUUGGCGUAUCCUGUUGCUUUGAAAAAUAUCGGUUGGAGGCUGUAUAUUGUCGUCGCGUGCUGGUGCCCUAUCCGGGCAUUUGUUGUCUGGCUCUUUAUCCCAGAGACCAAGAACCGCACUCUUGAAGAAAUCGACGACAUUUUUAAUGCGCCAAAUCCGAGGAACACGUCGCUUAUGAAGAAGAAACUUGCUGUUGAUGGACAGGGAAACAUCCUUGAGCUUGAGAAGAUCUAACUACGAGAACGUCACCUGUCUGGCUUUCUCUUGUGAAGUCUCAGAUGGUGAUCAAUACAUCGCUCAUCGAUCGAGUCGGAAGGGUAUUAAAUCUAGUUUGCACAUUACCAUCACACAAUAGUGUCGCG